AUGGAGAAGGACAAUAGGUGCUUUGGCAAUGUCAUGGAUCUGCAUAUGGAGGCCACUUUAGUGGAGAAAGAACAGCAGCCAAGGACAGCCUUUAAGAUCCCCAUUGGGAUGUCACCAUACCAACUGGUAUUUGGCAAGGCUUGCCACUUGCCAGUUGAACUGGAGCAUAGAGCCUUCUGGGCUCUAAAACUACUGAACUUUAAUGAGCAAGCUGCUGGAGAAAAGAGGCUAAGGCAACUCAACGAGCUGGAAGAAUUUAGGAACCAAGCAUAUGAGAAUGCAAAGAUCUACAAAGAGAACAUAAAAAGAUGGCAUGAUCAAAAGAUAGCAAGGAGGGAGUUCACUGAAGGACAAAAGGUGUUAUUGUACAAUUCUAGACUUAGGUUCUUCCCUGGGAAGCUUAAGUAUAGAUGGUCUGGACCCUUCACCAUCAUUAAAGUGUACCCCUAUGGUCAAGUGGAGCUCAUGGAGGACAAAACACAGAGAACCUUCACUACAAAUGGCCAUAAACUCAAGCAUUACCUGGGGGACUCACUGGAUGAAAGGAGAGUGAGCUACCACCUCAACUGA